AUGCCUUCGAUAUCAGCCUCAGUAGUCUCACUCAUCAUAAAAUGGUUUCUCCAGAACAAGGCCGUCCAGGAAGAUGAGGAGGCGACGCGCCAGAACAUUCACGACACCUACAUCCGACCGCAAGACCAUCGCCCUCCCAGCAAUCUCGGCUCAAACAUCACCAUUGAUCGCGUCGAUGUGCAAGAAUGGCCGUUAUACAAGAUAUCCACCAAGAAUUCUCAGAGUAAGAGUCAGCAGCGCAAAGCCCUUCUUUACAUCCACGGCGGAUCGUUCUUUAAGGAAAUCUAUCCCCAGCACUGGAAACUCGCCGUGCAGAUUGUGAGUGAGACAGACCUGGACGUCUUGAUACCGAUUUAUCCGCUGGUCCCAAGGCCAGUGGCUACAGCGCAGAAGCUCGCCGAUGGGUUUGUUGAUAUCUGUCGUUUGUCGAAGCAGCCCAUCGUGAGCAUAGCGGGUGAUUCAGCAGGCGGGACGCUCGCUCUAUCAACUACUCUCCACCUACGAGACACAGCGCCUGAACUAUUCGCGAAAGUGCGCUCGUUGAUUCUAAUAGCGCCUCUUCUUGAUUGUGCAGUCGAUCAUCCUGAAGCACUACGUCUCGCCAAGAUUGAUUUCUGGCUCGGUGUAACUGGUCUUCGCAUCUCAGGGAAGAUGUUUGCAGGAGAUUUGCCGAUCAAACAUCCCCUUGUUAGUCCGCUAUACGGCGAUAUGGAUAAGCUUCCACCAUUGCUGAUGUUUGGUGGUCCGAGGGAUUUGCUCUGUGCUGAUGCUAGACGGCUGAAAUCCAAGUUGCUAGGCAAAGACGUGGAUGAGGCUCCGGCGGGGAGUGUGGAGACGGACCGGCUUGUGUAUGUUGAGAAGGAGGUGAGGGUGCUGAGGGGCGAAAGAUGA